CAGAUCCUGCAGCCCGUCCCAUUCGGCAGGGAACUCACCACUUCUCUCAGCUUCCCCCUCUCAGAAACCCACUGCCAACAUGUCUGACACCGAGGAAGUGGAUCAGGUAGAGGAGGAAUACGAAGAAGAAGAAGUUCAUGAGGAAGUUCAUGAGCCAGAAGUUCACGAAGAAGAAGAGGCCCCUGAAGAAGAAGAGCAAGAGGUUGAGUAUGAAGAAGAGGAAAAGCCCAGGCCGAAACUGACUGCUCCUAAAAUACCAGAGGGUGAGAAAGUUGACUUUGAUGACAUCCAAAAGAAGAGGCAGAACAAAGACCUGAUUGAACUGCAGGCCUUGAUUGACAAUCACUUCGAGGGUAGGAAGAAGGAAGAGGAGGAACUGCUUGCCCUGAAGGAAAGAAUUGAGAAACGCAGAGCCGAAAGGGCAGAACAACAAAGAAUCCGGGCUGAGAAUGAGAAGGAGCGUCAGGUCAGGCUUGCGGAGGAGAAGGUAAGAAGAGAGGAAGAAGAUGCUAAGAGAAGAGCUGAGGAUGACCUGAAGAAAAAGAAGGCUCUGACCUCCAUGGGUGCCACAUACAGCAGCUAUUUGGCAAAGGCUGACCAGAAGAGAGGAAAGAAGCAGACUGCUAGGGAAAUGAAGAAGAAGAUCCUGGCAGAGAGGCGCAAAACACUAAACAUUGACCACCUGAAUGAAGACAAGCUGAGGGAUAAGGCCAAGGAACUGUGGGAUUGGUUAUACCAGCUGGAAACUGAGAAGUAUGAAUUUGCAGAGAAGAUGAAGAGUCAAAAAUAUGAGAUUACAUCACUACGUAGCAGGGUGCAGGCGCUAUCCAAGUUCAGCAAGAAAGCAGGAGCCAAGGGCAAAGUUGGAGGGCGCUGGAAGUAAAGAAACAGAAGGUGACUGCAGGCAGGAUCAUCCCCGGUGGCGUGGCUAAACAUCGCUGGCCUCCCCCUACCCCUUUCACAAAUCAAUUUCACUCCCAUGCUUGAGCAAAACUACACCACCAGCCUGGAUUGCCUACUCAUUUUUAAGGACUCCAGCAGCGUCCUGAACUAAAAGGAAGGAGGUCCCCGUGGAACAGAGAUGACUCCCUGCUGGCACCUUUCCUGCUUCAUGUGUCCUUUGUUUUCCUGACACCAGCCCUCCGCUUCCCGUAGAUUGCUAUGUAUGAAUCUCUGGAUUUUGUAAAUAAAGUGUGACCGAUACCUACUUCAA